CACUUAGCACAUCCCCGAGCCCAGAAGAAUUCCAUCUCACUAUUGCCUGAGGAUCUCAUAGAGCAGUUUGGCCUGAACUGUGUGGAGCAUAAGCGAGUGAGCCAUGAUGAAUGGUCAUAUUUCUAACCAUCCCAGUGGUUUUGGAAUGUACCCAUCUCAAAUGAAUGGCUACGGAUCAUCGCCCACCUAUGCCCAGAUGGACAGAGAACACAGUUCAAAAACAAGUGCAAAGGCCCUUUAUGAACAAAGGAAGAAUUAUGCCCGUGACAGUGUCAGCAGUGUGUCAGAUAUAUCCCAGUACCGAGUUGAACACCUGACCACCUUUGUUCUGGAUCGGAAAGAUGCUAUGAUAACAGUUGAUGAUGGAAUAAGGAAGCUUAAACUGCUCGAUGCCAAGGGCAAAGUAUGGACUCAAGACAUGAUUCUUCAAGUGGAUGACCGAGCUGUGAGCCUGAUUGAUUUAGAGUCAAAGAACGAAUUGGAGAAUUUCCCUUUAAACACAAUCCAGCAUUGCCAAGCUGUGAUGCAUUCCUGCAACUAUGAUUCCAUUCUUGCCCUGGUAUGCAAAGAGCCAACUCAGAACAAGCCCGAUCUUCAUCUUUUCCAGUGUGAUGAGGUUAAGGCAAAUCUGAUUAGUGAAGAUAUUGAAAGUGCAGUCAGUGACAGUAAAGAAGGCAAACAGAAGAGGCGGCCUGAGGCCCUGAGGAUGAUUUCCAAAGCAGACCCUGGCAUACCGCCUCCACCCAGAGCUCCUGCCCCUGUGCCUCCUGGGACGGUCACCCAGGUGGAUGUGAGAAGUCGAGUGGCAGCCUGGUCUGCGUGGGCAGCUGACCAAGGGGACUUUGAGAAACCCAGACAAUAUCAGGAGCAGGAAGAAACACCUGAGAUGAUGGCGGCCCGCAUCGACAGGGACGUGCAAAUUUUAAAUCAUAUUUUGGAUGACAUUGAAUUUUUUAUCACAAAACUCCAAAAAGCUGCAGAAGCAUUUUCAGAGCUUUCUAAAAGGAAGAAAACUAAGAAAGGUAAAAGGAAAGGACCAGGAGAGGGUGUUUUAACGCUGAGAGCAAAACCUCCACCUCCUGAUGAGUUUAUUGACUGUUUCCAGAAGUUUAAACAUGGAUUUAACCUUCUGGCCAAACUGAAAUCUCACAUCCAGAACCCCAGCGCUUCAGAUUUGGUUCAUUUUUUGUUUACUCCAUUAAAUAUGGUGGUGCAGGCAACUGGAGGUCCUGAACUGGCCAAUUCAGUCCUCAGCCCCCUGCUGAAUAAAGACACAAUUGAUUUCUUGAAUUAUACUGUCCAUGCUGAUGAGCGGCAGCUGUGGGUGUCACUGGGUGACUCUUGGAUGAAAGCCAGAGCGGAGUGGCCAAAAGAACAGUUUAUUCCACCUUAUGUACCCCGGUUCCGCAAUGGCUGGGAGCCCCCGAUGCUGAACUUCCUGGGAGCACCGAAGGAACAAGACCUGUAUCACCUGGCUGAGUCCGUGGCAAACGUGGCAGGGCAUCAGCGCAAGCAGGACACGAAGAGAUCGUCCACAGAGCAUUCCAGUGUAUCAGAGUACCCUCCAGCCGAUGCCUAUGCAUUCAAUAACAACAUCUACACGAGAGGGCCCCAUCUGGACCAAGUGGAUACCGCUGCUGCUUUUAAGCCAACUCCUAAUCGCCAUGCAGAAAGAAAUUAUGACCCACUCAAAGCACAACCCAAGAAAUAUGCCAAAUCCAAGUAUGACUUUAUGGCAAGGAAUAACAGUGAGCUCUCAGUUCUAAAGGACGAUAUUUUGGAGAUACUUGAUGAUAGGAAGCAGUGGUGGAAAGUUCGAAACGCAAGCGGAGACUCUGGGUUUGUGCCAAAUAACAUUCUGGACAUCGUGAGACCUCCAGAGUCUGGACUUGGGCGUGCUGAUCCGCCUUACACACACACCAUCCAGAAACAAAGGAUGGAGUAUGGUCCAAGACCAGCUGAUACUCCUUCUGCCCCGUCACCUCCUCCAGCUCCAGCUCCUCUUCCUGUCCCCCUUCCACCUUCAGUACCAGCACCUGUCCCUAUGUCAAAGAUCCCGGCAAACAUCACUCGUCAGAGUAGCAGCUCCAGUGACAGUGGAGGCAGUAUCGUGAGGGAUGGCCAGAGACACAAACAGCUUCCAGUGGACCGACGGAAGUCUCAGAUGGAGGAGGUACAGGACGAGCUCAUCCACAGGCUGACCAUUGGGCGGAGCGCCGCGCAGAAGAAGUUCCAGAUGCCACGGCAGAAUGUGCCAGUCAUCAAUAUCACGUAUGACUCCACACCAGAGGACGUGAAGGCAUGGCUGCAGUCAAAGGGGUUCAACCCUGUGACGGUCAACAGUCUUGGAGUGUUAAAUGGUGCACAACUUUUCUCUCUCAACAAAGAUGAACUGAGGACCGUGUGCCCUGAAGGGGCCAGAGUGUUUAGCCAAAUCACCGUGCAAAAAGCUGCGCUGGAGGAUAGCAACGGCAGCUCGGAAUUGCAAGAAAUUAUGCGAAGACGACAGGAAAAAAUCAGUGCUGCUGCUAGUGAUUCAGGAGUGGAAUCUUUUGAUGAAGGAAGCAGUCACUAAUUUGUCGUGUAUUUGUUUCUCAACUCCAUUAUUCUUGGCAUUAUUCCAACAUGCUCUGUUUUAAGAAGCCUUGAAGGGGAGAUCAGAUUCAUUUUUGUUGGUCUACGUAAUUUAUCGCCAUAAAAUAAUUCAUUCCUGAGUAAGCAGAGGACUGGUUUCUGGGCCCCUUACUUUUAUUAAAGCUGAAAAAUCUCAGGCUGAAUAUUUUGACCUUUGGAAAUUUUUUUUUCUACUUUACCGAGGUGAGGUUUCUUUAUUGAUUAUUUAAUCCCAUCUCAUUGUAUAAGUAGGAGUUGAUUGAGGGGGGGUGGGCUGUUUUUUUUUUUUUUUUUUUUCGACAGCAGUGAAUUUUUUUACUGCAGCAAAACAAAGAUACUGUCUAUGAUUCAAAAUGUCAACAACUUCAGUUUUCUGUAACCAUAGUGUCUGUCAUUCGGCUCACAUAGGCCAGCUUCUGCUUGCUUAGGUUUCUCCUCUGACAUACUCAGUGAUAGAUUGAUGUAAAGUUCUUAAUGCCAACAGUUUUGAAACAUUUGAAUGAACUGUAAAGUAUAGCUAGGGCUUGGAUGUGCAAACGUACACCUGUGAUACACUCCCAAGACAUUUUCUUUGUCAUCGCUCUGUUGAUUCCAGUUCCUUGCAUAGCUUGUAUUUUGAUUGAGUUUCUCUUCUGCCUAUUAUAUAUACUGUGUUCUUAUACAUGGAAAGCACAAGUGGAAAGGUCAUACGCACUCAGAAUCUGUCCAAGGACAUAGCCCGUGUUGGUGUGCACUGCAGUAUUUUGCUUAAUGAAGGCCUCAGUUAUGAAUAUUGAGCUAAGUAGUUAAAAGGAUAUUGGGGCCAUUGUAUGUGUUUAUCUGUGUCAAAUCUUCCUGGUAAUAAGAAGCACUUAAUUUACAUGUACUUUAAUCCUGUGAAAGAGUCUAGAUAAAGAAAAGAAAGAUACUUAACCCUCAACAAAUGUUAUUUUUUGAAACACAAUUUUUGUCAUUAAAUGUUAUCUUAUUUCGCCUAUAUAAAGCAGAUGUUAUGUAAGAAUGUUGUAUAUUUUAACAUAAAUCCAUUUAGAGAGAUUAUCUAGAUUCAUUAAUUUUUUCAUAGUGCCUUUUUCACAUGAGUCAGUGGGAAGGUCUGCAAUAAACAGUAUUUGCUGUAUGUUAAUAAAUGGCUUUUGUCUCAUUGGCAAAAAA